AUAAAAAAAAGGCUUAAAUUAUAAAAGAUAAAAAAUCUUAAUUUUUAUGAUAACAAAUAAAUUUCGAAAAUACCUGGAGAAUUAAUUCAUUGCGUAAUUCAAUACUUCUUUAAUAAAAUCUCCACCCCAAAAUGUGCUUAACCAUUUAUAAUAUCAAUCAACCAAAUCGCUUCUUUUGACCUUAUUUAUAAGCAAUUAUGAUAUUAUCUUUCCAUUUUUUCCCUCGAAUAGCAAACCGCCAUAUUAUGUACUAAGAAAACCGCGAGAAAAAGGCCUCAAUUCCCCUAUACUAUUUAUCUAUAAAGGAGAAAACAUUAUUUAAACAAAAUUUAUUUACGCGAUGGGUUGCGUAUCAAGUUCUUCCCAAGGUGUUGAAACGGCCAAGCCACCCAGUGGUUCUAACAAAAAACCUGAAAAUGCCGCGGGAAACGCCGACGAUAUAUACGACAAACCGCCUAUGAACGACCCUAGAGUUCCCCUGACUAGGAGAGAAAUAUUCUUGGCGGGAAAAUCUUGGAAAGGAGUAACGCGGAACAUGGAGGAAACGGGGAUGCACAUGAUCAACAAAUUAAUUAAACAAAAUCCCGAAUUCGAAGAAAUAAUCAAAUCCAACGCCAAAGAAGAAGAUAAAGAUAACGCUCUUUGUACCACAGCUGACUCGAUGAUGUCAGGAUUUUCGAAAUCCAUAUUACUCCUCGAGGAUUACGACAAAUUUGUCGAUUUUUUAUUCGCCCUGGGUAAUUCAUACCGUCAAUUCCAUAAUUUCAACGACACAUAUUUCGAGAAACUCAGAGAACCAUUUCUAAGCGCGAUCAGAGAAACGCUGCAGGACAGAUAUACCGACAAUAUACAAAAUAUUUAUACCAAAGCUUUUAAUUUCAUCGUUCAAACAAUGAAGGAGGGUUAUAACUCUUCAACUCGUUCUCAUCUUGGUAGUAGCUGAAUUGCCGAACCAUGCGAG